GUGGUUUGUACGUUUACGUCCUCAACGUGCUCCGGACACCCGGAAGCAUGUCUCGCUGAAGUUUGCUGUGUUUGUGUCCAUCAGAGGAAUAUUUAGCCGCAUAUUCUCCAUUCUAAGUGACGCUGUGUUGUGUGUGGCGCCUCCACGAUGAGUGUGAGCGAAAAGGAAAAGGUGCCUGCCGUCCUGAAGGAGGAGGGGAACGCUCUCUUCAAGGCAGGAGACAUGCAGGGAGCUGUCUGCUGUUACACCAGAGCCCUGAAGCUGAGUGACAGCCCGGGAGAGAGGGCUGUGCUGCACCGCAACCGCUCAGCCUGCUACCUCAAACUGGAGGAGAACAGCAAGGCAGAGGCUGAUGCAUCCAAAGCUCUCGAUAGUGACCCGGGUGAUGUGAAAGCCAGGUUCCGGAGAGCUCAGGCUUUUCAGAAACUCGGUCGGUUUGACCAGGCCUUUCUGGACGCUCAGAGGUGUGCUCAGCUUGAGCCCAAAAACAAAGCCUUCCAGGAUCUGCUCAGACAGCUAGGAGCACAAAUCCACCAGAAGUCAAGAGAGCUAAAUUCCACAGAUGCAAGAGUGCAGCAGAUGUUCUCCCUCCUUUUAGAUGCCUCUGCGAAAGACUCAGAUCGAAAGAAGGCUGCUCAGAACCUGGUGGUGUUAUCUCGAGAAGAGGCUGGAGCUGAGCAGAUCUUCCGUAAUGACGGCGUAAAGCUGAUUCAGAAACUACUUCUGUCGAAGCAGGAGGAGGUGGUCCUUUCAGCUCUGAGGACUCUGGUUGGUUUGUGCACUGGCCAUCAGUCCAGAACUAUGGCGAUUGUGAAUGAGCUGGGAAUGGAGCAGCUGUGCAUAGUAAUGGGAUCAGGGGCCUCCACUGUGUCUCUGGCUGCCUGCCACCUGCUGCAGGUGAUGUUUGAGGCUUUAACAGAGGGUAUGAAAAAAGAGAUCAGGGGGAAAGAUGAAGCCAUACUUCCUGAACCCUCCAAGGAGCUACGCUCAAUGUUGAGGCAUCUAUUGGGAAUGAUUCCAGAACCUAAUGUGUCAGGAACAGGCAGAGACAGCGCCAUCAACCUCCUGGUCAAACAAGUACCCCGCAAGUCUUUGAAAAACCCUGACAACUCCCUCACACUAUGGGUGAUAGACCAGGGACUUAAGAAGAUCCUGGAGGUGGCUGGGACAGUCGCUGAGCUCUCACAAGGACCACCUCUUACAGACAACUCCCACAUGUGCUGCUCUGUCUUGCUCAGCAAACUCUACGAUGACCUAAAGAGUGACAAGGAGAGGGAGAACUUCAACAAACUAUGUGAAGAAUAUGUUCAGCAGUACUUCAGCCGACCCGGCCUGGAAGGCAAGUUGCGAGCCAUCCAGACAGUGUCGGUGCUUCUCCAAGGACCGAGCGACGUGGGUAACAGAACUCUGGAGAUGUCAGGAUUGAUGGACGCAGUGAUUUCUCUGUGUGCCUCCGAAGAUGUAAUACACCAGCAAGUAGCAGUGGAGGCUGUUAUACAUGCUGCAGGGAAGGCCAAGAGAGCCUCCUUCAUCACAACCAACGGAGUGGCACUUCUGAAGGACCUCUACAAGAAGAGUGAGAAUGACAGGAUACGUGUGAGAGCCCUUGUGGGUUUGUGCAAACUUGGAUCAGCAGGAGGGACUGAUUUCAGUAUGAAGCAGUUUGCAGAGGGAUCCACACUGAAACUUGCUAAGCAGUGCAGGAAGUGGUUGUGUAAUGAGUCUCUGCCCCCAACCUCCCGCCGGUGGUCUGUAGAAGGUCUCGCCUACCUCACCUUUGAUGCUGAUGUGAAGGAAGACUUUGUGGAAGACAAGAGCGCUUUGCUGGCCAUGUUUGAACUGGCAAAGUCAGAGGAUAAAACAGUGCUAUUUGCUGUGGGCUCCACAUUAGUGAAUUGUACCAACAGCUAUGAAGUUGAGAAGCCGGAUCCUCAGAUGGUGGAGCUGGCCAAGUAUGCCAAGCAGCAUGUGCCUGAGGAGCACCCCAAGGAUGCACCUUCCUAUGUUGAGAAAAGGCUGGGGAAGCUCUUGGAGUCUGGCGUAGUAUCUGCGUUGGUGUGUAUGGUCAAACAGGAGAGUCCAGCUCUUACUGAGGCUUGUAGAGAGUGUAUCGCCAGGGUGUUCUUGGCUUUGGUGGAACGACAGGAAGACAGAGGCACAGUGGUGGCACAGGGUGGAGGAAAGGCUCUGAUCCCACUGGCAACUGACAACACAGGUUUAGGGAAAAUCAAAGCAGCACAAGCCCUGGCAAAAAUAACCAUCACAUCUAAUCCAGAAAUUGCCUUUCCAGGAGAAAGGAUCUAUGAGGUGGUUCGGCCACUUGCCAGUCUCCUAAGCCUUGAAUGCUCCCUGCUGCAGAACUUCGAGGCACUCAUGGCUCUCACCAACCUGGCUGGCAUCAGCGAUAGACUCAGACAAAAAAUCAUAAAAGAGAAGGCUGUGCAAAAAGUUGAAGGCUAUAUGUUUGAAGAGCACGAACUGGUCCGAGCCUCUGCCACAGAGUGCAUGUGUAAUUUGGUUUUAAGUACAGAGGUGCAGAAGAUGUACCUGGCAACAGGGAACGAUCGCCUAAAGCUGCUUGUGCUUUACUGCGGCGAGGAGGACGAGAGGCUGCGGAAAGCUGCUGCAGGAACUCUGGCCAUGCUGACCGCUGAGCAGCCUGAGCUCUGUGCCCGCAUCCCUGGAACAACAACCCACUGGCUUGAGAUCAUACAGGCGCUGCUGCUCAGUGAAAUAUCUGACCUCCGUCAUCGUGGAGCGGUCAUCGUUCAGAACAUGAUGCAGGCGGAGAAAAGCCUGGCUGAGACACUCAUGGAGAGUGAGGCUCUAGAGAUCCUGACUGUCCUGGCAAAGGGAGGAGAAGACAUGCCGCAGCCCAUUAUAAAGGUCGCUCAGAACUGUCUGGACAAAGCUGUGGAGUAUGGCAUCAUCAGAAGCAGAGAAGGGCGGGAUAAGGACAACUGAACCCUAAAAACACUGCUGCUGUGUGUGGAUGUGCCUCGAGAGUUAUGUGGGUCCAGUUGUUUGGUCUGAAUGGAUAUACACUGAUUGUCAAAAAGCAG